AUGCACAUAGUUGCUUUAGCAUUAAAGGCAGUUGGAAUCAACGUUGAUGAACUCACUUUGUCAACAAGCUCUCUUUACGGAUCUAGAAAAGCUAUACGACAAUUUAUCGGAAAAACUAUCAAAAACACAUUUUUGCCAAACACACCUCUUGUGGCUCACUUUGAUGGAAAACUUUUACCUGAUUUUAAUGGUGUAAACAUAGAUCGCCUGCCAAUUGUGGUAUCAGGGAAAAAUGUAGAAAAACUGAUAGCUAUACCAAAGGUAAAAACUGGUUGUUCUUUGAAUAAUGAUGAAAAUUUGUGGCUAAAGCAAAAUCGUGUAGCUAUGAUUAAUUUUCUUCAAGACCAACUGCAAAAUACUCAACCUCGACAUGGCUACUUGCAAUUGAUUAGGCUUUCUCUCAUAACUCUUGGAGUUUCAGAUCCUACUGCUGUACAAGACACUCCUCCAGGAGCUUAUCAUAGGGCUCACUGGAUGGCCAAAAGAAUUUAUUGUUUGAAGAUUUUUUGUUUUCGUGAGCAACUGAAGUUAACUGUACAUGAGCUACAAGCAUUAAAGAGACUUUGUCUCUUUACUGUAACUGUAUAUGCAAAGGCAUGGUUUUGUGCAGCAAACAGCUGUAGUGCUCCUUACAAUGAUUUAUGUCUUCUUCAAACUCAGGAAUUAUAUGAAAAAGUUGAUUGCAAAGUUGGAAAAGAAGCAAUGAAAAAAAUUAAAAGGAAUCUUUGGUAUCUAAGCAAAGAUCUUGUUGGAAUGACAUUUGUUUCUGAUUUGGUUAAUUUCGAUGAGAAAAGGCUUAUGGUUAAAGCAUUACAUAAACCAGCAAAAAAAUGA